UUGCUCAACACUGAGAUGCAACAUUAAUGUUCGGUUUGCAAUUUAUUUCGACAGCUUAGAAAACAAACAUACAUACCUUUAAUUAAUUAACACAUGGCGGAAGCAACAAACACUGACUCAUUGAAUGGCGGCGAGGAUAAGAAACUGUCUGAUAUAUUUUUAGCUGGCUGGAAUCUUUACGAUGAACUGGAAGUCACCGAGUUGCCCUUUAAUGGUAGCGAAUUUCAGAACAAAGUUAAAUCCGCAAUGAAACAAUUCGAGGAGGCCACUGUGAUUGUGAAUCAAGUGAGCAUGUUCAGUGCCAACGAAUUGAUAGAUGAAGUGUCCACCGAUUCCUUGCCCUUUAUGCUGUUGCCCUAUUUCCUUGGCAAAUUGACUACCAAAAUUAAUAAUCCGAAUAGUACCGAAGUAUUGGAUUUAGGGGAAAUCUAUUUCAAAGAUCAUUUGCAAAGGUGUCAGGAGUACAGUCUAUGCGAAGGACCAAAAGUAAAGCCGGCCCAGGAUGGAGAUAAGGUUGAGAAAAGCGAACAACGCGAACUCAUUGAGGCUGCCUACGAUCGCAAUGAUAAAAUUGCUCAAUACCGCAAAAUGAAGGAAAUCGAUGAAUAUAUGAAAAAAGUGCAGGCUGCUGUCAAAGACAAAACUGCCGAUGACGAAGUCAAAAGGGAAUUCUUUUUAAAAUAUUUGGAUAAAAGCAUAAUAGAUGCCAAACAAGAGUUGGAAAGUUUACGUAUGAUGAAAGAGUUGGCCAAAAUGCGUUUGGCACGCUUGGCAGGAGGAGAGAACCUACCGAAUGCAAUUGAAUCCUUCGGUGGUGGUCCGUCUACAUCUCAAAAACAAGGCCACAGCCAACAUCAUCACCACCACCAUCAUCAUGGAAAACAAUCUACUCAGCCUAAGCCAUUGCAGCCUUUUAUUAUCACUCGCAAUGCCCAGCAGAAAGCCGUCUUUGGUCUGGGUUAUCCCAGUUUACCCAUUAUGACAGUGGACGAGUUCUAUCAGCAACGCGUCGAUGAAGGCAUCUUCCCCGAUGAGGAGAAGGUGGCCAAAAUGAAUCAAGCUCAAGCCAUCGCUGCGGCUCGUGAUCCCAAUGAGCAAGAGGAUGAGGAAAAAGCUGUUGUCGAACAGCAGGUGGAAGACGAUGAUCCUGAAUAUUUGGCCCGCAUGCGACGUAUGGAUGAAUACAAAGAUGUGGUCCGCCGCGGUGAUGGCAAUCGUCAUAAUCGUAGUUAAGAUAUUCUAGUUCUCUCAGCUUCAAGGUAUUUCUACUCGAUCAAAAUUAAAAAAUCAACAAAUUUGCAAGCAUA